AUGGCCUCCCUCCCCGCCCGGGCCACUCGCACCCUCCGUCGUCAGCUGACCCCGUCCCUCGGUCCAACACCGUGGAUACGUCACCUCCUCCCCACCCAACGAUCCUUCUCCACCUCUCCAACACGAGCCAUCACCACCUCGAACCCAACUCCCUCUUCCAGUCCUUCAGAAGCUCCGCUCUACCCAGGUCAUGUGCGGAUCAAUCUGUUUCAACGUUCCUUGUUGGCAGUCGGAAGUGCUUUCGCUUCAAUCACGAAUACCUAUCGUCACGGUACGCCCCCACCCCAUCCCAACCCGAGUCCCUCCCCAAUAUCAACCUCUAACACCCUUUUCUCUUUUGCCCCCCUAAAAAACAACAGACAUGAUCGCCGUCUUAUCCGAAACGACUUCCGGCCCAUUCCUCGCCCGACUCCGCACCGAAAUCCUCUCCACCCCUUCCGGUCGUUCCCUCCUACGCGAAAGACCCCGCAUCACCGAAGCGUCCCUCGAUAUCGAGAAUACGCUCGCGAAGUUGCCAGCGGGUACUUUUGGGAGGGCGUAUGCGGAUUGGUUGAAAGGGAAUAAAGUGACGCCUGAUACGAGGGAUCCCGUACGUCCUACCUAUCGAGGGCCGGGGGGCAGGGGUUUCUAAUUAGGGGCUCAACAGAAAAACUCACUCUGCUGCUCCUGACACUUCAGGUGCGCUACAUCGAUGACGCCGAGCUCGCGUACAUCAUGCAACGUUACCGCGAAUCACACGACUUUUAUCACGUCCUCCUCGGAUUCGGCGUCUCCCUACCCGCCGAACUGGUCGUCAAGUGGUUCGAACUAGCCAACUUUGGUCUACCCGUCGCUUUGUUAUCGUCCGUUUUUGGACCGCUGAGAAUGGAGAAAGAGGAACGGAGCAGGUUGUGGGAUGCUUAUGGCAGUUGGGCGUUGAAGAGUGGGGGGAAGGCGGAGUGCUUGAUUGGGGUUGAAUGGGAGAAGAAGUGGGGGAUGGACAUUGGCGAAUUGAGGAGGGAACUUGGGAUUGAGAUGCCGAAGGUCGACUUUAAGGAUUGGAAGAGAGAAGGGAGGAGGUUGAAGAAGGAGAAGGAGAAGGAGGAGAGGGAACGCUUCAAGGCUUCGGCUGCAGAUGGGGUCAGAGUUUGA